GGGAGGAAGAUAUUCAAAGGAAGGAAGUAAAGCAGGGUUGGUGGGAAUAGAAAAAAAGAUCGAGAGUUUAAGAGCAGAAGAUCCUCCUCUUUCUGGUGCAUAUAUUCGGAGCCUCGUGAAGCUGCAGCUGACUUCCUCCUCCUCCUCCUCGGGAGAUGGGUUUACAGAAGUAUUGGCGGCCACACCGCCGCCGCCACAACGCAAAAAACAAGCCCGGAGAAGACUCCAUACCACCAGACCGUAUCAAGAAAGGCUUCUAAACAUGGCGGAGGCGAGGCGGGAAAUAGUGACCGCCCUUAAGUUCCACAGAGCAGCCAUGAAACAGAAGCAGCAGCAAGGGGAACAACCCGCAGAGAGGCGGCCAUUGGAGAGGAGCUGCAGCUUUCCUGCAGCUCCUCAUCCAGGGCUGCCGCCACCAUUUGAGCGGCAGCAAGAACAGAUGAUGAAGUUCGAUUCAAGAAGCCGGGUUAUCUGCCCACCCUUCUCCUCCUCGUCCUCGUCCUUGUCCCCGCCAUCUCACCAUCAUCAUCCGAUGGGUUACUAUUACUCUGUUUCUCCGCCCCCGCCGCCGCCGGUCCAAGAAAACCUCACCAUCGAUAUUGCAAACCAGCAGCAGCUACCCUUGGGGCUGAAUCUGAAUUUCCAAGAUUUUGACAAUUUGGAGGCUACUCCUUAUUAUGUGAGCCCAUCAAUUGCGGAUGAUCGGUCUCCGUCUUCGUCGAGCCUUCCUCCCUCGGCGGAGGAUAUGCAUCAUCCCGCCCUGGAUGAGAAGGAAAUAUCAGAGAUAAAGUCAAUAGGGGAGAAAGAGCAGAUGGAAUGGAAUGAAAACAUGAAUUUGGCCACCUCAUCUCUGUGGUUAGAGUUCUUGAAAACCGUAGAGAUUGGGUCCCCUGGCGAAGGCGAGAAGGAGAAGAAGAAGAGGAAUGGUGAUGAUGAUGAGGAUUACUACUCUUAUGGUGAUAACAAUGGAUGCUGCAGCUAUCCAUUAUUUCAGGAGGCGGUGGACUUCCCGGCCACCGCUGCUGCGUGGUUUAAUGAUGGCUGUUUGGAAGAACCCAACUUGAACGAGGAGAUUAAUCGUUGUCAUCACGAUGAUAAAUGCUUCCAAAAUCCUGCCUUGCCAUGUAUCGAAGAUAUUGAAGAGAAUGACGGGGAGUGGCUAGCCGGAGAAGAAUAAGAAUGCUUGGUUUUCAAGCUCCAAAUUUUGUUCUCGAAGCAAUGAAUCCUUAUUUUGCAAUUUAUGUGUUGUGCCCAUUUGUUGUUUUAUGCCUUCAAGUAAUAAGGGCUUUGUAGAGCGUGAGAGGUUGAUAGUGAGUAGAUGAGAUUGAUGAGAGUAAUAAUAUAUAUUACUCUUCUC